AAACUUCUUCUUCUUCAUCUCUCUCUCUCUCUCUCUCUCUCUAAACAUUUGUAAGAUUUGGUUAGCAGGAUAUAUGGCUGAGGUGUUGGAUAGCAGGAUUCAUAUCUUGAAUGAUGACAAUGAAAUCAUAAGCAAGAACAUGCAGGUGCAGUUAGAGCAAUCUGAUUCCAAAGAAGACCGGAAUGAGAUAUAUCAACCACCAGACGAAUGGCUUCCAAUUACUCAAUCAAGAAGAGGGAAUUCAUGGACUGCUACAUUCCAUUUGCUUUGCUCUGGAAUCGGAACCCAAACACUCUCUCUACCCAUCGCCUUUCUAUACCUUGGCUGGUUUUGGGGGAUUAUGUGUUUGUCUGUGGCAUUUGUGUGGCAGCUAUACACCAUUGGAGUGCUAGUGAGUCUUCAUGAAUCGGUCCCUGGUACUCGUUUCAGUAGAUAUCUUCAACUUUCUAUAGCUGCUUUUGGUGUAAAAUUGGGGAAACUUCUAGCCAUUUUCCCUAUAAUGUAUCUCUCAGGAGGCACAUGUGUGAUGUUCAUAAUCACAGGGGGUGGAACCAUGAAGCUUUUCUAUCAACUCUUGUGUGGGGAUUGCUCUUCCAAACACCCUUUGACAACAACAGAAUGGUUCUUGGUUUUUAUUACUCUGGCAAUUCUUGUGUCUUUAUUUUGUGCAAACUUGCAUUCGGUAGCUUUGAUGUCGUUUCUUGGAGCAACAAUGGCUGUUGGAUAUUGUACAAUAUUAUGGAUUGUGUUUGUUGCAAAAGGGAAGGUAGAUGGCGUUGUGUAUGAUCCAUCAGAAGCCGUCUCAUCAGAAUCUGGUCGUGUUCGAAGUAUUUUUAAUGCACUUGGGAUCAUUGCAGUUGCCUUUAGAGGCCAUAAUGUUGUGUUAGAGAUACAGGGUACAAUGCCAUCAACCCCAAAUCGCUCAUCAUCAAAGUUCAUGUUAAAAGGAGUGGUAGCAUCAUAUCUCAUUAUUGCAAUGUGUUUCUUCCCCCUAGCAAUUGUUGGAUAUUGGGCAUUUGGAAACAAGCUUCCAAUCAACGGAGGAGUGCUAAUUGCAAUCUCAACCACCCUUAACUACCACAUGCCUAAACCAUUGCUAGGUCUCAUAUACAUGCAGAUCAUUAUAAGUUGUGUCACCGCUUUCCAAAUGUACAGCAUGGUUGUGUAUGACAACUUGGAGCGCGUAUACGCAAGCCGAGCAAAACACGAAUGCACAAAGUUAGUUCGUAUGGGUAUCCGGAUUUUCUUUGGAGGCUUGACCUUCUUUAUAUCUGUGGCGUUUCCAUUUCUGCCAAGCUUAGCACUAAUUAUCGGAGGGAUUUCUUUGCACUUGACGUUUGGUUACCCAUGUGAUACGACCCGAACCGCAAGCCGACCCGUGAAGAUCCAUUUCAACACCACAUCCUUUAUUUUAGCAUGCAUACAUACAUCUGCACGUUCUCAUAUUUGCUAUUGCAUAUUUGCAUUUCUUCCAUGUUUCCUAAUUGUUAGUUAAAUUAAAGUAGUGGGUUAGUGGCCAUGUUUAGGUUAGUUAUUUGAUUGUUUAUUUGUUUUGUAAGCCUUUAAAAAGGGAUUCGUAUCAUUAAUGGAAGAAGAAGAAGAAAAUUAUUG